AUGAGUCUUAACCUGAGCUCUCCUAUAGUGGACGCAGUCUCGAGUAAGGCCUUGGAGACAUCGUCCAUUGUGGCACGAAUUGCCGAAACUUGGCAUUCUCUUUCCUGGCUUCAAAUUUUCAUAACUUUUGUUAUUGGUGUCUUAUCCUAUGAUCAAAUUCUGUACCAGAUUAAAAAAGGGUCCAUUGCAGGUCCAAGGUUCAAAGUCUGGCCAAUCAUUGGUCCAUUCUUGGAAAGUUUGGAUCCAAAGUUUGAGGAAUACAAAGCAAAAUGGGAUUCUGGUCCAUUGUCUUGUGUUUCUAUUUUCCACAAGUUCGUCGUCAUCGCUUCAACCAGGGAACUUGCGAGAAAAAUUUUAUCUUCUCCAAAGUAUGUCAAGCCAUGUGUUGUUGACGUCGCGGUGAAAAUCUUAAGACCCACCAACUGGGUGUUUUUGGAUGGAAAAGCACACGUUGAUUACAGAAAGUCGUUGAAUGGCUUGUUUUCUUUGAAGGCCUUGGAAAUUUACAUUCCUGUGCUUGAAACAUACAUGGACAAAUACCUUGACAAGUUUGUAACUUAUGAUGCUCCUAGAAAGUUCUUCCCCGAAUUCAGAGAGUUGUUGUGUGCAUUGUCUCUCAGAACCUUCUGUGGAGAUUACAUUACGGAGGACCAAAUCAAGGAAAUUGCGGACAAUUAUUUCAGAAUUACUGCUGCAUUGGAGUUGGUGAAUUUCCCAAUCAUCAUUCCUUACACAAAGACCUGGUAUGGCAAGAAGAUAGCCGAUGAAACAAUGAAGGUAUUCGAAGACUGUGCAGCUGAAGCUAAGAUUCACAUCAACGAGAAGAACGGCAAGCCCACAUGUGUUAUGGAUGAGUGGAUCUUUUUGAUGAAAAAGGCUAGAGAAAGCCAUGCAGAAGAUCUGGAGUCGAAGUUAUUGAUUAGAGAAUUCUCUAAUAAGGAAAUUUCAGAGGCCAUUUUCACCUUUUUGUUUGCAUCUCAAGACGCUUCGUCGUCUUUAGCGUGUUGGUUGUUCCAACUUGUUGCUGACCGUCCAGAUGUAGCUGCCAAGGUUAGAGAGGAACAAAUGAGAAUUAGAAACAAUGAUCCUCUGGUUCCAUUGAGCCUCGAUUUGAUCAAUGAAAUGACCUAUACUAACCAUGUUGUGAAGGAAGCUUUACGUUACAGACCACCUGUCUUGAUGGUUCCGUAUGUUGUGAAGCAGCCUUUCCCUGUUACCCCAGAGUACACUGCUCCUAAAGGUUCUAUGGUUAUUCCAACUUUGUAUCCAGCCUUACACGAUCCUGAAGUUUACCCAGAUCCAGACUCUUUCAUUCCAGAACGUUGGGAAAAUGCCACGGGUGACAUGAAUAAGCGGAGUUGGUUGGUAUUUGGCUCCGGCCCUCACGUUUGUUUGGGCCAACAGUACGUUAUGAUGUUGUUCACCGGAAUGUUGGGCAAGUAUUUGAUGAAUUCUGAAAUCAAACAUCACGUCACCCCAUUAUCGGAAGAAAUAAAGGUUUUUGCCACUAUUUUCCCUAAGGACGAUUUAAUAUUGGAGUGGGAGAAAAGGGACCCGCUUAGUGCAACGUCAUAG